CAGUGUUUAUUAAUAAACCUAAACAGAUUUGAGGUAGUCAUGGUCACACAUAGCAGCACACUGACUGAGAGAGAGGCUGGGUCAACUGUCGUUACUCCCCCUCCUCUCUUGGUUCAUCUGCACACACUGCUCACCCUCACUCUUUGCUUUGUCGUCUGAACCUCAUGUCAUUUCUAACGGACUCAUCCUGAGGAUACCACAUAAGACCAGAAGAAACAAUAAAAGAAGGAUGAGACAGUUGUAAAGGCCGACUUCUACAUCAUUAUUCGCUACAAGAAUUAGGCUAAGCCAAUGGAGGACCUGGAUGAUGACACUUCGUCUACUGGGUUCAAGCCUCUCUUCAUUAAAGAAGAGGAACUGGAUCCAGACAGAAUCCUGAUGGAGCAAAGAGAGUGUAAAACGACACAACCUGGGCUCACCUUCACAGGAACAAUGCUGAAUCAAACAGCCUUGAUCAAGCCAUACUUGCAGGAGAUGGAUGACAUACUGAAAAACUGCGAGGAGCUCACUGGUAUCCCUUUCGGUCCAAACUUCACAGGCAGUUACAAUGAAACAAGCCUGAUGGAAUCAGCUCAUAGCCUCAGGAAAGAGGAAGAAGCAAUGGAGAGCUAUGGAGAAAGAAGUACCUCUCCCCAUGCAUAUCUUUCCACAAGCUAUAUUGACACACACAUGGAUGGGGCUGGAUCAGAAGACCAGCAAGUGCAAGGUCAGGCACAAAGCCUGGGCACCAUCACCAACAGGUGUGGAAUGACCACAGACGCUGCUCGCCAAAGAGAAAUGCCUCUUACUGCAGUGGGUAACAAACUCAGUGACACCAUGGUGGAGUAUGAGGGCCAGCUGUUGGGAAUGUUGGCUAUGCUGGAGAGCUGUAUGGAAGAGGCUGGGAUGGACUUCGAGCCCCAAGACUGGGUUACAGAUGCAAGUCAAGAAUAUGUACACAUAAGUAAGAACCCUAAUCUGUGCAGGGGUACGACACUGGUGCCCAUUCAGCAAGUGAAGCCAAUGAGGUCAGAGACCCAGCCGAUGCAAGUGGAAUCCUGGGCUGGUCAACACGAAAUUGGAAACGAAGUUUCCAAGGAAAGCAGAAGUGAAGUGACAGUAGGUCCAGCGACAAUUGGAAGCCAGCAGAAUCCCAUGCUUAGCUGUGACAACAUGGGCGGCUUCCUAAUGGAUGGACUGGAAAAUCAAGGGAAUCUGAAAACAGACAGGAUGGUUCUUGGUCCUCAGUUUAGGUUUUUAGAACCGUUGCUGCCUUUGGCUAACAAUGAAAACGACCCACUGCACCUUGAGGCUACAAAGACAGAAUAUAUUUCUACUAAUGAAGGCACCAACACAAACAAAGAUGUAAUUGGGAUUGAAGUAGAAAACACUGAAUUGGUAUGUGAAGAGGGCCAGAAGCCAGACAUGGAAAGCACUGAUCCGGGAUCAGGCAUGAAUGACCUUGCAGCACUUGGUUCUCAGAUGGAGAAGUGCAUUGAAGAGGUACAGCGGUUAGAAAAGAGGAGGGAGGAACUAUUGGCAGAGGUGCUGGAGUUGAGAGGGAAUAAAAACAGAGAUGAGGCAGAGGGGAGCAACGAAGAGGAGUCAACUGACAGCAAAGUUGCCGAGCUAAUGAAUUCACUCAAGAGGGAGGAAGAGGGGAGAAGAGAGGAGAGAAAGAGGGAGAUUCAGAGCCUCAGGGAGGAGAGAGCAGAGGAGGAGAGGAGGAUGUGGAAGGUGAACCUGGAGAGACAGGGGCUUCAGGAGGAGCUGAGAAAGCUGAAGAGGCGGCUGUUCGCCAUGGCAAGGGACUGUGCUCACAACCAGCUCGCCCUGAACACCCAGCACCGUGAGGUGGAGCUGUUAAAAAGGGAAGAGGAGAAGCUGCAGUCACUGGUGCUCCAGCUGACAGAAGAGAGCUCCCAACUUAGGACGGCCCACCAACAGCAGCUCUUAGACCUGCAAGCAGAGCUUCAUGAACAGAGCUCCAAUCAAUACUCCAACACCCAGGAUGAGCUGACUGAGUGCAGGAGGCAUUCCUGUGGGGACAUCCAACAGUACCUGCAGUGUGGGCUGAAAGCGCUGGAGGACAGGUAUGAACCCAUUUUGCUAGCUUUGCUGAAGAGAAGGGAGGUAACAACCAGUGCCCUGGUGAAAGCCAAAGACCAUGCCCAGGAGCUAAGGACACAGCUGAGACCCCUAAAGGAGGAGAUCCAGAAGCUGAUACUCCAGAGAGCUUGCUUGGAAGAAAAACUCAAACUAAUUCACAUACAGAGGAGAGAAGAUGUGGGGCAGUACAAGGAGACAGUUUAUUAUCUGGAGGAGAGCAGCAGAGGGCUGAAGAUGGAAUUAAAGAUUCAGACGAGAAAAACCAAAGAGAUUAAGGAGUUGAGAGACAGCCUGGCCAAGCAACUGCUCCUGUACAGGGCUGCCAUUGAGGACCAUAACGAGCAUGACGAAGAGAAAACAUGAGUUUUGUUUAAUUACAAACUGUUUUUUUUUUUUUUUUUAAUCUGCAACAUAGUGAACUCCAAGGAUCAAUUAAUGCACUUUAAACAUUAAGAUAUUAAGAUACACAAAGAAAAAUGACAUUGAAAAGCUUUUUUAGAACUGUCUAUGAAGAACUAGACUGCAACUUGUAGAGAGGUUUUUGUUAUGAAUAAAGGCUUUGUGUUCAUUGUAACCAGAGUGUGACUGACCAGUUAAUGUCUCUGCAUGAAGAGUGGAGAGAGGUUUGUGUACUUAUAAGGGCAACAUGGCUGAAGAACUAAACACUGGGACACAGAGUAAUAGAGUGAGAGUGAGUCUGGCAGACAGUAAAGCACCAAGACGUCACACCAGACACAUAAAGAGGUCUGCGCAAAGCAUCAUCAGGCAUUACCAACGCUUUGCCUAAAAGGAUUAUUAAUGGUUGUUUAAAAUAUUUCAAAGCUUAGUAAGCCACUGAUCUCAUUAAACUACGCAAGUAACGGUCAUAUUGAAAAAUGCUGACAAUACAUCAAGUGGACGCAAAGACUAAUGAAACACGUUUUAUUAAGAAUGCACUCACUGUACAAAUAUUGAACAUAUAAAAAGUUCAAACACUACUCUAUUUCACGAAAACAUUUAAAUGAUUUAUGUAUGAAUAAGGUGAGGGGAGGUGGGACAACAAAUGGACAUUUAAAACGCAAUUCACUCCAAAUUGUAAUAUCAUUCAGAUGUAGCUGGUGUAAAAAUCUGUAUCCAGAACAAUCAGGUGAUGACCAGACUGAAGCAAUGAAAAUGGCAUUUUUAUAACAACAAGCUAGCCUGCAAAUAACAUAUGUCAAAGUAACUGUCACUCUGCAUAGUGCGAUGGACUCAAAUUGCAAUUUACUAAACUUUUUUCCCCUGCAACUUCAGGUAACAGGUUUUGCUGUGGCAACCUUUCACACUUUUUAACAGCAGGUUAUUGUAUGUCAUCUCUAUUUUGGGGCUGUCAGUAUGAUCAAAAUCUUAUGUUCUAGAAACUAAUUUUAUUCAUUACAGAGAAAUUGACCAAAACAUUUCGGUGUGGGUGGGAAAGCCAAUUUAGUUACAAAAAUACGUAUUUUAUAU